AUGUUAUAUAUAACCAACAAAAAAACUGAUCAUCUUAACAGGUUUUCUGACAAUCAAAGAGCUCAAGAUGCUAUCAACAUCACGAUAUUCCACUGGGGUAUACAUGGAUGGAUCGUCUACACUUUAGUCGGCCUCACUCUAGGAUUCCUGUCCCACAACAAAGGUAUGCCAAUGACCAUGAGAUCCUGCUUUUAUCCUCUUAUUGGCGACAAGAUCUACGGCACAUUUGCUCUCUUUGCUCCCUGGUAUCCAAUCGGUAAUGCAGCAGGAAAGGUAUACGGAUCCAACCGUUACGUCGCCAUGGUGUGCCUUGCAAUUCCAUUUUAUGCUUGGAUUCUCUUGGAAAUCCUUCAAGUAGUUGAGGUUGGCCUGGCGUACGUAGGAUGGGCUGUGCUGUUUGGGUUCAUAGCUUACGGUACUGGAGUACGUGCGGAAAUCCGAGAAAAAUUCCACAUCGUAGGCAACCUUGGAGAAGACAUGUUUGCCAUGAUGCUGACCUACCCAUUGGCAGCCUUGCAGAUGGAAGAACAGAUGAAUGUGGAAGGCUAUCCRGGAAAUGGAAUGAAAAACGAGGCUGGGAAGACGAACAUGGCACUUGAUGCUAUGGAGAAGAAUGAGAUAGCGAAGAGUGAUGAGGCAAAUCAUGGCAUCCAUGAUAAACCUACCAUGUCAGAAAUAUCCUCUUUGUAGAACUGCAUUUGAACUGUUUGAAAAAUGGACAUUUCUUAUUAAUCUUUUAUUCGCUUUUAAGCAUAGUAUGCACACUUUGUAGAUAACACUAUACAUUCAUUCAUGACGCUGAAUUCAUCGUUUGAAUCAGUAAGUGGAUGACAAUUGUGUGAGUCAAUAUGAGAUAUUAAUUAGUAUUUCCAUAUGCACUUUAGAUUAAACACGUGUAGCAAUCAAUAUAAAUGAUGAAAUAGAAGUUUAUUGAAGUACAAUAGUCUUAACCUCAUAAAGUCAUCGAACCAUUCGYACUGAGAUGCUAAUUUGAUAUUUGUGCUUAUUUUAAAAUAUAUCUAGCUUAAUGCUUAUUUUUAUCAUUUUAUAUAUAAUUUAAUUAAUGUGUGAUAUAAUCAAUAAAGUGAUUUUGCAUAUUUAAAAGUGUUCAAUUCAA